GGUGCACAGUGUGGAGGGACUCGAUCACCAUCAGGGUUGAAGACCCUGAGGGAAAUAGUCAAAAGGGCUUAGAGCCCCGAUGAGAGGAUUUUCAACGUAUUGGUUUUGUCCAAAAAAUAUUAAUUUGAAUAUCAAAGAAGACGAAGCACAAGCUAAAGUCUUCGCAGAGGGACAAGGUACGGCAGUUCAUGUCCUUCACACAGGCCGGGGAGAAGACCGCUGUGUACUGCCUCACACAGAAUGACUGGAAACUAGAAGUGGCUACAGACAACUACUUCCAGAACCCAGAUCUCUACUGCAAGGAAUCGAUGAAAACGUCAGUGGACCGAAAAAAGCUGGAGCAGCUCUACAAUCGCUACAAAGAUCCCCAGGAUGAGAAUAAGAUUGGCAUUGACGGGAUCCAACAGUUUUGUGACGACCUCUCACUGGAUCCGGCCAGUAUCAGCGUGCUUGUCGUUGCGUGGAAGUUUCGUGCUGCCACUCAGUGCGAGUUCACCAAGAAGGAGUUUCUGGAUGGAAUGACCGAGUUGGGGUGUGACAGCCCCGAAAAACUGAAGGCCCUCUUGCCACGACUAGAGCAGGAGCUCAAAGACGGUGGGAAGUUCAAGGACUUCUACCAGUUCACCUUUAACUUUGCCAAAAAUCCUGGACAGAAGGGUCUAGACCUAGAGAUGGCUGUGGCCUACUGGAACCUGGUUCUGUCAGGAAGAUUUAAGUUCCUUGAUCUUUGGAACAGAUUCCUUUUGGAACAUCAUAAACGAUCCAUCCCAAAAGACACAUGGAACCUAUUGUUGGACUUUGGGAGCAUGAUUGCAGACGAUAUGUCAAACUAUGAUGAGGAAGGAGCAUGGCCGGUCCUUAUAGAUGAUUUUGUGGAAUUCGCCCGACCAAUUGUAACAGGAUCAAAACGUAAAACUCUCUAAAUCCAAUCCCGACUGGAAAGCCGGAAUCUUGUUUCUUUUACAGUGACUUCAUAGUUUUUUUUUUUUUUUUUUAAAGACUUGUACAAAAAAGCAAAAAAAAACAAUGAACAUUGUAGACUUCGAAGAGAAAACGCAAGCACUUGAAACUGUCAGGACAACACCUUCCAGCGAGCUGACUGAACACUAUGAGAACGGGAGCGGCCAUGUUUUGUGAGGGGUCAUUCGGACUCUGCCGGUAUCACUGAUGUUUCUCCUGUCCUCUCCGCGUCCCGGACGUCCCUCUGCUCUGCUCCAGGAGGAGCAUGACGUGUCAGUGGGGGGCGGGCACUGCACCGAGGGAAGGUUCAUCGGCUGUUUGGACUCUAAAGAGGCAGAAAACGGUGUUUUAGGACUCUCCCUCGUCGGCUUUGUUUUGUUACAUGAAGUUUUGGGCGACGGUGCAAAGUUCCCUUGUCUUAUCUAACUUCAGGACAGAGUGCUCACUACACCAGCGCCAACAGAACCGUUGCAGUUUUUACUGUACAUACUGUAUCUAUUGGGACAGUUUACAAAGAGCUUUACGAAGAAUAAUAUAAAUACGUUGAGUUUAUAAAUGCAGAAGGUGGUUAUUUUAUGUACAGAUGUAAGAUCUCUAUCGGGACGCCUCAAUAUAGUGGAUGAUAUGCUGUUGGUUUAAUUGUUAGAUGGAUCUGUCAAGUCAUGGAAUUGUGAGCUUCUCUUUGAAAGCAUGUUGAACGCUUUUUACGUCCCCUCAGGCUGGUUUCACAGAUACAUUUUCACCAAAGUGAAGGCAGGGCUUUGGUUUAGAAAACUGCUGUUUGGCGGUGUUGAUUUGUCUGAAUCCUUCAAGGGACAGAGUCCACAGCACCAAAAAAAGACCAUUUCUUUUUGAACUGUUAAGGGAAGAGUUUUUGUCUCCCUCCGAUUCCGCAGCAUAUGAAUUAAAUUUAAAGUGACGAAGAGACUGCAUGAUACAUAUCUGUAUGUUACGGCGGUGCAAAGCCUUAAGUUCAGAAGCCACGACUCCAAAGAGGGCAACAACAGGUCGAAAGAGUAAGCCUUAAGAAUAAAUAUCUGUCCAAUAUUUAUAUUUCCGUACACGCCCAUCUGUCCAGUGUUACUGACAGUAGUGAAAGGUAGAAUAUAUUGUUGAUACAUCAUGUAAGUAGCCGAAGUAUAUUGUCCUUUACAGAAAGAUGGAAUAAAGCAUGAGUUUUCCCAUAAUCACAAAUAGUUCCUUUGUUGAUCAGUUAGAUGAGGGAAUCGCAUAGCUGCUCAGACAAGAGGGUUUGAAAAGUUAAGUUAGCCACAGCGUGAAUAAACAUGUAUGUGUUAAAAGAAAGCUUUAAUAUUUUUUUCCCCUCUUUUUUUUCAGAUUUUCCCUCCAUGUUGUUAAUUGUUAAUAAUAAAGAUAAUUUAACAAGA